GGUGCAGAUGGGAAUUGGGUGUUCAAGAAUGUUAUUGAGGAAAGGGUUUUUAAUGAUGAUAAUAUGGUUAAUGUUGGAAUUUCGAGGAGGGUUCGGGAUCAGAUUUGUGAUAGACAAAGAGGAGUGUUUGUCACACAAUGUUCAGUACGAGGCCGACACCGUUCGCCUUUCUUUUGUUGUCAUCAAAGCCGAUGUUUCAUGGCAUUACGCCGAUGACGGUGUCGAUCUCCUGAUAAAAGGACCAGAUGGUAAGAAGAUCCAUGAGUUCCAUGACAAGACAAGUGACAAAUACGAGUUUAUGGCUCAAAUGAGAGGCGUUUAUCGGUUUUGCUUCACAAACAAGUCCCCUUUUCAUGAAACCAUUGAUUUUGAUAUACACGUUGGCCAUUUUAUGCACUUUGAUCAACAUGCAAAAGAUGAACAUUUCAACCCCAUGCUGGAACAAAUUUCCAAAUUAGAAGAAGCUCUUUACAAUAUCCAAUUUGAACAACACUGGUUAGAGGCACAAACGGACCGCCAAGCACUUGUUAAUGAAGCGAUGAGCCAGAGAGCAAUAUACAAGGCAAUUUUUGAAUCAUUAGCACUUGUUGGAGUUAGUUCUCUUCAGGUUUAUCUUCUUCAACGUCUUUUUGACCGAAAGCUUGGAACUUCUCGAGUCUAAAU